GUGCGCAACUAGCUAAAAAGGAGCGCAGUUUGCACCACCACUGUCAGCCAUGGUCAAGAUCGUUCCUGGAAGCGACGGCACACCGCUCAACGUGCUCGAAUAUGAGGAAUAUGCUAAGGAAUACCUCCCCAAGAAUGCCUACGACUACUACGCAUCUGGCGCUGACGACAUGGUGACACUUAAGGAGAAUCGCGAAGCCUUCAAGCGUCUAGUGCUGCAUCCGCGUGUACUUCGUGACGUGUCGAAUAUGGACACAAACACAACGCUACUGGGCCACCGUAUCAGCUCUCCCGUCUGCGUGGCGCCCUCGGCCAUGCACCGUAUGGCGCACCCGGACGGUGAGAUCGCCAGCACGUCGGCCACUGCCAAGGCCGACACGUGCUACAUCCUCAGCACUAUUUCCACUACAAGCCUCGAGGAUGUGGCCAAAGCCAACAGACAGGCCAACCCUCAUGCUCUGCGCUGGUACCAGCUCUACGUGUUCAAAGACCGCGAGAUCACCCGAGGCCUCGUAAGGCGCGCCGAGAAGGCUGGCUACAAGGCCAUCGUACUCACCGUAGACACGCCCAUGCUCGGCCACCGAGAGCCGGAUGUGCGCAACCGCUUCAGUCUUCCUAAUCACCUCACAAUGGCCAACUUCGCUGAGGUGGGAGGUGACCACGAGAAUGGCGUCAGCAGUCUCAAGGACUCGGGACUCGCCCACUACGUCAGCGAGCUCUUUGACCUCACGCUCAACUGGAGCGACGUCAAGUGGCUCAAGAGUAUCACCAAACUGCCAGUCGUCGUCAAGGGUGUGCUCAGUCCAGAAGACGCCAAGAUUGCCGUCGAUAUGGGAUGUGAAGGCGUUCUUGUGUCCAACCACGGCGCUCGACAGCUCGAUGGUGUGGCUGCGACCAUUGAUGCGUUGCCGGCCAUUGCCGAGGCUGUGGGUGGCCGUGCCGAAGUGUACCUGGACGGUGGUGUGCGUCGCGGUACGGACGUGUUCAAGGCUCUGGCGCUUGGUGCUCGUGCGGUCUUUCUUGGUCGUCCAGUUCUAUUUGGCCUCGCUCACAGCGGCGAGGCCGGUGUCUCCAACGUGCUUCGCAUCCUCAACGAUGAGCUGAAGCACGCAAUGUUGUUCUCCGGCACGGCUAAACUCGCUGACAUUGGCCCUGCCUACGUUCGUCGCGGGGUGCCUCCGCUUCCCUCUUCGCUGUAAGAAGUGUAAGUCGAAGCUCUGCUAGUCGACGUUACUGUGUCGAUAUCAAGUCUCAGCGUAACAAUAACACGUUUAACUUGUCAAUACAUAGCGUGCUUCAGCACUUGC